AAAAAUACUCUUAAACACUUACAUCGGCUAAAGUAAUGGCGUCAAUAACAAUCAACUGUUCGCUUGCACUUCGGAAAGCCGCUCGUAAAGUCGUUUGCAAUGGGAUUCGCUGUAUCUCAAGUACUAAAAUAUGUUUAGCGGAAAUGAACGAUCCCAUGGAUCAUGCAACUGGCAUAGAGAAACGUGAAUUAGAACAAUGGAAGGCUGGCAAUAAAGAUCCUUGGUUGCUCGACACGGUCUUAAAGCGCGGGCCCGGCACCAAGGAGCAGCCAACAAUGAUACCAUCCGCAUUCGAUGGGCGUAUUGUGGGCUGUUCCUGUAAGGGCAAUCGCUUUGUGAACUGGAUGUGGCUUGAAAAAGGUGCGCCAAAACGUUGUGAAUGUGGAUUCUAUUUCCAAUUGAAGGAAGUAAAGCCGGUUUAAGGCAAUGUAUAAACAAGAGUGAACAACAGUAAUUUAC